AUGCCCGAAAAGGAUAGUGCAACCCGUAUCAUCAGAUCUACAGAUCUAAAGACGGCCAGUACUGCCAUUCUUCAUGUCAUUCCCAACCCAGGAAAUGAAACCAUGCGUUUCUACUCUCAUAAAAACGCAUAUGCUGCUUUUAUAGUCUGGACUGGGUGCUUCCUCUUCUUCGAUGGUGACAAAACAGAACAACUGCGUGGUGGAGACUUUAUUUUUAUACCGCCAGGAACUGUCUAUGGCUAUCAAUCAUUAGUUUCAGAAUCAGAAUUGCUGGUUGUCACUACUCUGGAAGAUCCAGCCGCACUACUGGGAGCGCUAAACGAGGAUCAAGACGAGGCAGAGUGUGAACUUCCUGGCCCUCAACACAUUGAUGGGUAUCGCCCUUUUGAUCCUGCAAAGCCCAUAGACCAAGACGCGUCUCUGUCAACAUUUCUACGCCCAUAUUCUUUGAAUCCUUACACGUGUCCACGGUGGAUAUUCGGUGGCGUACUAGCACGGCCGUUUGUGAGACAGACGCAGUGCGAAGGCAAGUUCUCCAUCUCAGUCAUGGAGUCUUCGCAGGUACAUCGAGUCAGACCCUUCCUCAAUCGGUGGCUAAACUUCACGAGUGUCGACCAUUGCUUUUGCGUCAUUGAAGGCACAUUUUUGCUAAAGCUAAAGGGCCAGGCCGAGUGGACAGAACUUCGAGAAGGACAAGCCAUGCUUAUUUCGGCAAGGCAAGCAUUCACUGCUGAUUUGGGGAGCGAGUUUCUUAGAAUGCUUGUCAUCACGAAUGGCAUUGGCAUUGAUGAACUGAUCUGCAGGGCUGGACAUGAGUAUGAGUCGACAACACUUCCAGAAACGGCGGACAAUAGGUGGGACAGUUGGGAUGAGAUUCGGUUUAGAUCAGCGUGCUCAGAGGUCGGCGCUCUCCUUGACUACUAA